AUAUUAUGCUAUCUGCUGUCAGCCUCUGGUUUACAGGAAUAAGAUGACGCCUUUGCGCAUAGCUUUGAUGCUUGGAGGCUGUUGGAUCAUCCCAACUUUUAUAUCCUUCCUCCCAAUCAUGCAGGGAUGGAACAGCAUAGGAAUUCGAGAACUGGUAGAUAAGAGAAAAUAUAGCAAAGACUCAAAUUCAACGUACUGUAUAUUUAUGGUCAACAAGCCCUACGCCAUUACAUGUUCAGUGGUGGCUUUUUACAUUCCAUUCCUUUUGAUGGUGCUUGCAUACUAUCGUAUUUAUAUCACAGCAAGGGAACAUGCCAGGCAGAUUGGAGUCUUACAACGUGCUGGAGCUGACCAUCGUCAGCAGCAUCCUGACCAACACAGCACUCACAGGAUGAAGACAGAAACUAAAGCAGCCAAGACUCUUUGCAUCAUAAUGGGCUGCUUCUGCCUUUGUUGGGCCCCAUUUUUUAUCACAAAUGUGAUUGACCCUUUCAUAGACUACUCUGUGCCAGGACAGCUGUGGACAGCUUUUCUCUGGUUAGGCUAUAUUAAUUCGGGGUUGAACCCUUUCUUGUAUGCCUUCUUGAACAAGUCCUUCAGGCGUGCCUUCCUCAUCAUUUUGUGCUGUGGAGAUGAGAAGUAUAGAAGGCCUUCCAUCUUGGGACCAUCAAUUCCAUGUUCCACUACAACCAUUAAUGGAUCCACACAUGUAUUAAGGUGA